AUGAAGAGCCUCACUGUUUUAUUGCUGGCCGGCCUGGUGGCGGCGUCUUCCGCCGGUAGUCUUUCUCGGCAGAUCGAAGCCGCCAUGGACAAGUGGGACGACUACAAGGAAAUGUAUGGUGAGUUGCUUAGAAGACGUCGGGGCAGGAAAAAGAGUCCACGGUUGCAGAAAAGGAGUACGAAGAAGGUGAAGAGCAGGACUACAUGGAGGCCUUCGUCAAGAACGUCAUUCACAUCGAUAAUCACAACCGCGAGCACCGUCUUGGUCGCCGCACGUUCGAGAUGGGCCUCAACCACAUCGCUGACCUCGUCAGUUUGUUCUCUUUUUGAAUGAGUUCAUGAGAUCACGAGAACCAUAAUGCCUCUUCGUUGCUGGUGAAAUAGAUAUUUUUACUCGCUUUUUUCAGAAUGAAAAAAAAUAUUUUUAAAAAAGUAACUGAAAAAAGAGGUACUAAAUGAUUAUUUUUUUGAAAUUCUUCUGAGUGUCGGGUUGAAAAUAGAGCUAAAGUAGGAAAUGGAUCUAGAAAACCCUCGCCGAAGUCCCAAAAAAAACGACCGACGUCUUUUUUUCAGCCUUUUUGGACAAAAUAUUUAUCAAAAUCAUCAGAAUCUAGAGUAUUUUUUUAGUUUUUUUGUUUUUGUUUCAUAGAAAUAUGACUUUGUCUUUUACUGCCAAGUAGAUGCUUUCGCAAUGUUCUUUGGACGAGCAGACACUGGCUUUUGGCGUUAUCAAUAGGAGGAGGUCAAACUGAUAAAGCCUGCGCGUCUGCGGCUUCGGCUAUCACUCAUUAUCAGGCGACAUGUUUGCCGGCUCGUGCUGGCCGCUGUGCGAAUCAGAGCCAUUCCAAAGGACGUUAAUGAACGUCAAACAGCUGAAGCGACAACUGUCAGUUACGACAGAUAUCUCGUGACUAUCAGCUGAUGUCAAAAGACAGCCAGUCGUUCCUUGCAUAAACACGUUCUUUUGGUUCCAUUCUUUCAAAACUUUGGCCCCAGAAGUCGGAAAUUGUGAAAUCUUAAGUUUUUUUUGGGAUGAGUUUUUCUUUUCUUAAUCGAAGAGUAAGCACUCUUUUGUCAGUCAGUGCUUCUCAUCAAAAACUUUUUUAUGGGAUGCAAAAAUAAAGGUUAUCGCUCAAAUGCCUUUGAAAUUUCGACACCUAGUUGUUGAAAGAAACACGAUGAACAUUCUAUUCACUAACCUGCGAAAAAUGACGCAAAAAAUUUUAGGCUUCGCCGCUUCGAAUUUAUUUUGAUACGGCUGAAAGAUUCUUUUUUGGCCUAUCCUUUUCAGCCCAAAGAACACUGAAUAUUUGGAAACGUAAAUAAAAAUGAAAAAUUCGGGAAAGAUUCUCCUUCAAAGAAAGAUUUUCAGCCCUUCUCGCAAUAUCGCAAGCUGAAUGGCUUCCGCCGUGUCUUCUCGGACCGCCGCCAGAAGAACUCCUCGACUUUCUUGGCUCCAUUCAACGUCCAGGUCAGAAACAGUUUAGUGACGAUGGUUAGGAUGGAUUGCAGGUCCCUGACGAGGUUGACUGGCGCGAGAAAGGACUCGUCACCGACGUCAAGAACCAGGGAAUGUGCGGAUCGUGCUGGGCGUUCUCUGCCACCGGCGCCCUCGAAGGACAGCAUGCCCGGAAACUCGGCUCUUUGGUCGGUCUUUUCACGACUUUUUUGACUUGCAGUAGUUUUUUCAAAGAUUUUGUUUAUGACUACCUGUUAUACAAAAAGAAAGGUGAUGGACUAUACAUUUAUAGGUAAAGAAAUAAUAGUAAAACAUUUUUAUUAUUUUCAUAGCUAUAAAAAAGCAUUUCAGGUCUCACUCUCUGAACAGAACCUGGUCGACUGCUCCACCAAGUACGGCAACCACGGCUGCAACGGCGGCCUCAUGGACUUCGCCUUCGAGUACAUCAAGGACAACAAGGGCGUCGACACCGAAGACUCCUACCCCUACAAAGGCCGCGACAUGAAGUGUCACUUCAACAAGAAGACGAUCGGCGCCGACGACGCCGGCUACGUUGACCUGCCUGAAGGCGACGAGGAGAAACUCAAGGUGACUGGUGGAGCCUCGCUUGACGUCACUCUCGAACUUUCAGAUCGCAAUCGCCACCCAGGGCCCUAUUUCCGUCGCCAUCGACGCCGGACAUCGCAGCUUCCAGCUUUACAAGAAAGGUACACUCAAUUUGAACAAAAACUGCAUCAAUGAUUUCGAAAAGCUAUUUGUUAUUCUCAGCGAAUUCGAGAUAGAAGUUUGGUGCUUAAUGGACUCUUAUCGCACUGAUAAGUAUUUUCUGGUCUAGUAUCGAAUCCUCUUAUGACUAACUUCUUUUUUCUGAAUCGUCUCUGCUUCAUUGGCAAACGAAUACAAGUCCAUACGGAAAAUUUCAAAAUGACAAAGAAUAAGUUUCGAAAAAACUUAAUGUGGUGACACUGAGCUUUUAUCUGGAAAAAGUUUUCAGGGACUAGGAAUAACUUCUGAGAAUUUGGAGAGCAUUUUACGAAACUUAGCCAUAAUUCGAUUUAUAGGCGUGUACUACGAUGAGGAGUGCUCCUCGGAGGAGCUGGACCACGGAGUUCUGCUCGUUGGCUACGGUACCGACCCAGAGGCUGGCGACUACUGGCUCGUCAAGAACAGGUGAGUCGAGUGGAGCCGAUGUCGAUUGGACGGGGUUUUCAGCUGGGGAACCGGAUGGGGAGAGAAAGGCUACAUCAGAAUUGCUCGCAACCGCAACAACCACUGCGGCGUCGCCACCAAGGCCAGCUAUCCGCUCGUCUAA